CAUGUCAAACCCACAAGUUGAGCGGACUUGCCAGCCUUCCGAGGACGCGGAGCCGAAGCCACAUAAACAGAUUCUCAAACGCCCCAUUGAUGCUACCAAAUACUCACCGCCAGCUACAUAUCCUCCUCUUCCCGAAGGCUACGAGAAACAUGAACGAUACUACGUUCUCGGCUGGAAGGUGAUGCCGAGUUGGUUCGCCUCCUUUGCUCAAAGGUUAUGCAAAGGAAAUCCCAACGCGGACUCCUGGCUCUUUGGGAUGCGCUUGCUGAAGCACAGGGUCAAAUACUACGACUUUUACUGGAUGGGAGGCCUUCCCCAUGACGUACCCAUCCCCGCCAAUCCCUACGACCCCACUGUAGACGUCCACCAGCUAUUCGCUGUGUGUACGACUGCAAGAUCGUACCUCUUCAAGCAACGGUUGACACAAGCGCAGUACGAAUUUAUGGUGGCGUUGUGGGGCGUGCCGGAGUGGUACAGGGAUUAUCUACCGAAGCACGAGUUCUGGCUCAUGUACCCUCACCUGCUAAAGGAGACGAUAUAAGUUUCUCUUGUUGUCUGUAUUUUGCUAUGCGUCUAUGCACCCCGUUGUUGUGUCUGCUUGUAACAGUAUAUUGAACGCUGCUGGGGGUGUAAAUUCGUUGACGUCUCGUGAACGGAACAACCACUGUAGACUCUCUUUGGAAGUUACCGCGUUGCUAA